UUUCUGCCCUUUUAGAAAAAUUUCGAAAAAAAAAAAACCAAGAUUCUCUCAACUUAUUCGAACACAUUCGGAAAAAUAUGUAAAAAGCCGAGUAAAAUGACGGAUAACGAGUAUAAUUCGUCGGGAAACGAGUAUCGACAUUCGGAAACAAGUUUUUCCGGCUUUUCUGGGGUUGAUUUAGAAGAUUAUGGCGGUGAUGGAAUUGAUUACAGCGAUUGGUUUAAGCUAGAUCAUGGGUUUGAUAGUGAUGUUGAAGCAAUUAAUUGGGCUAAGAGUACUGCUAUAAAGAUUGGAUUUGAAUUAGUCAUUUCGUCACAUAAGAACGAGGGGAAAAAGAAGCUUCUACGAUGUGCUCGGGGUGAGCGUUACAGAGGUUCAUUCACAGAUUCUGAUUCCUUCGUACGGAAAAAUACGAAGACAAAAGCGUGUAAGUGCAAAUUUAAAAUUAUUGUCAAAUUAGGAAAGACUGCAUGGUUUAUACUUACAGAUCCUGGUAUUUCGAGUACACACAACCAUGCUCUAGCUGUGUAUCCUGAAGGAUACCGUCAGAUGAGUAGGCUGAGUGGCGAGGCGAAAGAAAUUGUGCGAGAUAUGACUGCGGCACAAGCGAAGCCGUGUUCUAUCAUGGCAGCUUUAAAAGAAAAAGUACCAUCUGACAACCCUAGAAUAAAGCAAGUGUACAACUAUAGAGAGACUUUGAGAAAGUCUAGCUUUGAGGGUAGAGAUGUGGUUGGGCAAUUUUAUCACAUGGCUCAGCAAAAUGAUUAUGUACACUGGACUCUUGCUGAGGAGGAUACAGGUGUGUUGACCCAUAUUUUCAUGGCUCAUCCUGAUUCAGUGAGACUACUUCGUACGUACUACUGGAUCAUCGGCAUGGACUCCACGUACAAGACGAACAAGUACAAGCUGCCUUUUUUUGAGAUUAUUGGAAUGACUCCUUGCAACAAGAACUUCAUAAUUGCAUAUGCAAUUAUGAAGGAUGAGACUGAAGGGAGCUACAGAUGGGUAUUGGAGAGACUGAGGUGCUUGAUUGGGGAACAUAUUCAUCCGAGCGCUAUUCUUACUGAUCGAGAAUUGGGGCUUAUGAGACCAGUGUCAGAGGUUUUCCCACGUUCUUCUCAUCUACUAUGUACGUGGCACAUAAAUAAGGACGUAGAAGAUAGAGUGUACAGAAUUAGUGGGAAAAACCAAGAGUUUGCUGAAAUUUUCAAGAAUAGUACAUGGAAGAAAAUUAUCAGAGCGCCAAGUUUUGAUCAAUAUAACAUAGCUGUGGAGCACUUCAGAGAUCGGUUUAAAGGUUUUCCAGGGUUGAUACAGUACAUUGAGGGGACUUGGCUGGGACACAGAGAGAAGUUCGUAUCUUGCUGGACGGACUUAGUCCUACAUUUUGGAAACACCACCACAUGUAGAGUCGAGAGCGCACAUGCUCAGCUUAAGCAGUGGCUCAACUCUAGCACCGGUGCUCUGGACACAGUCUGGACGAAGGUCGACAAAGUUAUACAGUCGCAGCUGAUAGAUAUCCGCAAAACACUUGAGGACUCCAGACGGACUAUUGGCGUACAUCGACGCGGUUUUCCAUUUGACAAGCUCUCAUGCAGAGUGUCGCAUUACUGUCUGGAUUUAAUAUCGAAAGAACUAAGGCGUAUGCGAGAUUUGAGUACCGAUGUCUACGAUCGCUGUGGUUGUGUGGUUAGAUCAACACAUCAGAUCCCCUGUGCAUGUGAGCUGCGAGCGGUGGUCGAUUCAGGUAACCCGAUCAGCCUUGACAGUAUACACCCGUUUUGGACGAAACUUGUUAUUCUCGGCGAUGGGUUGGACACAUCUGCGCAACCCGAUUUUGCUGGUUUUCAGACUGAGGAACAUCAGUAUUUUCACGAGGUCGCCGAGGAGGUCAUGACUAAGGAUCCUUCAGUGUUGCGUGAUAUUUCUCGUAUUGUUCGAGAGCGACUUCACCCCGAAGACUUAGGCUACAUGGAACCAGAAGUUAAAACAAAUGUCAAAGGUCGACCAAAGGGGAGCAAAUCAACGAAGCGGGAUCCGAGUCGUCAUGACUCAGAAAAAUCGUACAUCCGCGUCAGGUGA